GAAACACUAUGUACCAAUUCAAAAAAAAAAAAAAAAUGCUUCAUUCAAUGUUUCUGUAAUUUUUUGAUGAACUUCAUAAAAUCAAACAGGCCAUUCUUGUUUGUAAGAGGGGGAUUAAGAGAUUUUUGGCUACAAAGGCUAUCAUCCCAAGGUCAUUCUUCUUCGCAAGCACUGAUAAUUUUUUUUUGUAUUUAACUUUUUUUUUUAUUAUAAAAUCACGAGUUAAGUGAGUGAAAUAUAAUCUUAAAUCGGUCUGAAAUCCUGUUUCUUGAGGCGUUACUUGUUUUUCUUUUUUUCGGAGAAUGUCUUGCAAUUUAGAGAAAGCCUUUAAAAGAUUGCCAACAUACCAGGAAGGUUUUCAUGAUAAUUUGCUUUGUGAUGGCAUGACUUAUGUUCCAUUUGGAAAAACUGGUUUGGAUGUUUCUCUUCUAGGACUUGGUGGAUCUGAAUUAGCUUUAGUUUAUGGUACGCCAGAAGAAGAAGAUGGAAUACAAACAGUUAUUGAGGGUAUCAGAAGUGGAAUAAACUAUGUGGAUACUGCACCUUAUUAUGGUCAAGGAAAAGCAGAAAUAGUACUUGGAAAAGCUUUAAAGCAUAUUCCACGUCAUACAUAUUAUCUUGCCACAAAGGUUGCUAGAUAUGGUGCAAAGCCUGAAGACAUGUUUGAUUUUUCUUAUUCACGUACUUUGAAAAGUGUGGAUGAGAGCUUAGAAAGAUUAGGUGUUGAAUAUAUUGAUGUUUUACAAGUGCAUGAUGUUGAAUUUGCAAAAGAUACUGAUAUUAUAGUAAAUGAAACACUUCCUGCUCUUGAAAAAGUUAAGGAGAUGGGUAAAAUAAAAUUCAUUGGAAUAACAGGAUAUUCCUUGAGCAAGUUAAAGGAAGUCUUAGAAAAAAGUACUGUGCAUAUUGAUGUUGUUCUUUCCUACUGUCGUUGUACACUAUUUGACAACAGCUUGAAAGAAUAUAUGUCUUUUUUCAAAGAAAAAAAUUUAGCAAUUGUAAAUGCAGCUAUUUUAGGUAUGGGCUUGUUAACAGAAAGUGGACCACCAGACUGGCAUCCAGCAGAGUCAGAAAUAAAAGAAACAUGUAAGCAAGCUGUAGAAUACUGCAAAGAAAAGAAUGUGAACAUCUCAAAACUUGCUGCUUGUUAUUCUUUUUCACAACCUGAUAUUAAUGUUCAUCUUAUUGGAAUGCAAAGUAAAAAAUUACUGGAAGCAAAUCUGUCUUCUCUUAAAGUAGGUUUAUCUUCUCAUGAAAAUAAUAUUAAAGAAGAAAUUUUAACUAAAUAUUUUAAGAAACUUACAGUAACUCAUUGGGAGAAUAUAGAAGUGAACAGGUACUGGGGAGAUUUGAAGAAGCUUAAUCAGCAGUGGUAAGAUAUUUUUUUGAGAGAUCUUAUUUAAUGAAUUUAUGCUUUCUGCUAAAUUAUUGUAUUCAUAAAUAGUAUGAAUACAGUAAUUUGGUAGGAAAUUAAAUAGGAGGAAGUUGAUUUACAAAAUGCAUCUUAUUAGCAAAUUCUAUAUUUAUUGUAAAAAUAUUAAAAUCUGACCGAUGAUUUACUGUUUACAUGGAUCCAAGAUCAAUGAUUUUAACAUGCAGCAACUUGUUUGUUCUUCCAAGCUUCCGUCUGAGAAUAUUAGCAUAUGGAGGGAUAUAAUUUUAAGGGGGACCAUUAUAUAUGAAUUUAAGUAAUAGCAUUCAAGAAAUACAUGUUUUUUUUAUUACAUAGAAUUGAGCUUUAAAUUGUAUAAUUUAAUUUAAACGCUUAAUAUUCUUUUCAAAGCUUUAAAUAUAAGAUUUUUCUUGUAGAGAAUGAAAAUUUUAAGAAAUUAGUUAAUUUAUUAUGCUUGAAUCGGAACAUACAUAUUUAUAAAUCUUUGCUUUAAAAGACUGGAAAUCAUUACUAAAUACCACAGUUAAAGGAAAAAUGACUAAGUGGAUGACAAUAGGUCAUUAUUUAUAUUUUAAAGAUAUUUUUGAAAAAUAAUUUUUGAAGUUUAGUGUGAAAUUAAUCAU